GGUGUCUGACUGUAGAGCUGCUCAUGGAGCAGCUGUGCUAAAGUGAACAGCUGUGCUCAGUUUUUCAGUACAACACAGUGUUCCAACAGUCUUCAUGAUUAAACCAAAUGUUUGAUCAGGUGGUCGUGGUGGUGUGGGUGGAGCUCCUCUAUGUGGGGGUGGGAUUAAAUAUCAUUAUCAACUCUGUGAAAUUAGAUUGGCUCAUUAAGAGACACAUUUGCAAAUUUGGGCAUACACAGAGACAAAAAAAUGUUCAAGACAAAUUGACUCAAUAACUGCAUUAAUAAUAAGGAUAUUUAUUUCUCCAUUUUUGGUUGAAAAGUUUGGUUGGAAAUGUGAUGUUUGUUCUGAUUUCAUCAUGAAGUCAAGAUUAACAUAGUCUCCAGGUUCUCAAGGUUCUCAAGGUUCUCCCAAAGUUUGAAAACUUGCAGAUCUUAGAACAGCUCUGUGUUCACUCUUAACUGACUAUAGAUGUGAUGGACUGGCCACCUGUCCAACCCCACCCUCACCCGUUGACUGCUGUGAUUGGAUCCAGCCCCCCGUGACCUUGAAAGGGAUCAAGAGGUGAAAGAUUGAUAUGUGGAUGAGUGGAUCAUUUACAGACACACAGAGGAGCUGUUCUCUAAAGAAAGUCAAAUGAAUUGGAUACAACAGCCAUUUACACAACGGCCAUUGUUUUGGGGAACAGUAAUCAGUGUGUUCACUUUCACGUUCUUCCUCUAAUUGGAAACAGCAGUGUUUGUUUUCAUCCUCAGGAGCUUUAAUCAAAUGUGACGUCUACAGUACGACUCUGAGUUACUGCCUCAAAAGGACGAUUGAUGGUAGAAGUUCAUUGUCCAAAAUUCUGACAAACAUAAAAAGCUGUGGUUUGGCUAAAGAUUUAUUUAUCCCCGAGGAUCAUCAGUGUGGUUGUAUCAAGGAUAAACAGUGUAAUGAACAGAGUAGAAUGGACUGUUGUUCCCAGUCCUGCUGUGGGAAUCUCUCUGUUCAACCUUUACUAAUAUCCACAUAUUAAUAUAACAUCACAUAGCCAACAUAACAUCCCCUAGUUGUUGAACCAGGGUGGUGGCUCAACAUCUGGGUGGAGAUUUGUACUGCGUCCAAACAGCGUGUCAUCCAGCAGUCACUUCAGGACAUGGAGACAAAAACAGACUGAAGCUCCAGGAGGUUUCUGAGAAGAUCCCUGCCUGGAGCUCACACUCCUCCCUCCUUCGUCCAAACAUUUCGCAGAAUGGUUAACACACCUUCACAGUCGGGGGGUACACACGCUCUCUGGUGUGUUUCAACACCAAGGACAGGGACGUGGAGACGUGAAUUCAUGUUUCUACCAGGAAGAAAAAGAGGAAUCUUGACUUGAUUUUGAGUUGAAUAUUGACACUUUCGUUGGUCAUCCGUGAUUGACUCAGUGAUUUCCCACAGAAUCCUGCAGAGGGCACCUCACCACAGUCAGAUGGACUGAGACAGGCCACUGCUCCUAGUGUACUGUAGAUGAAGUCAAGUUCUCUCCAAAACAGAGAGGACAGGGGAACACUGAUUUAAAUCUGUGGCCAUGACAGAUGUGCAGAACAAAGACUAGUGACUACAAAGACUAACUUUGAAUCAGACCAGAGCCAUGAAACAGAGCAGAUCAUGUCCACUACUCCUGUGUAGUUUAUUAGAGUAGUACAUACACAGUAGCAGGUUGUGUUAUACAAUAUGGCCUAUAAUAUGGUGAACUGAUAAGGGAACCAGUCCAUGUUGGUUACGUAGUGACAUACGGGUUCCAAAAGUUCUAGUAAAGGUAACCCUAGAUAAGAUAAGAGGAAUGUGCGCUGAGGUCCAAGGUGGGACGGUCCUGCCAUGUGAGCGCGCACAGCGCGUACGCGUCUUUUUUUCAUAUCACUCACCGUCCAAGUAAUCCAACCGCUCCACAAGACACGCACGCACUACCACACGUGCACGAGCAUCGACGGACUUCAGAGGAACAUGCGCGCGACGGACACCAUCAAAUGACGCGCGCUUAUCCGUCAGUUCAUUCCAGCCUUGAGAUCCGUGGCGCACUGGAGCCGCGUCUGCAGCCGCGCUGGUUACAGUUACUGUGUUGUGCGUGUCUGUGAGUGUGUGAGUGUGUGUGAGCGUGAGUGUGUGUGCAGCCUGAAUUCAUCUGUUAGGACACACGCUGUAAAAUGAGGCUGGGAAGCAUCAUUGUGUUUGUGGCUCUCUGCUCAUUCACUGCUUAUUAUAUUUAUGAGCCCAUCCCGGAGCCAAUAGGGGAGAAAUGGAAGCUCAUGCUGACCGACUGCUUCUUCAGGAGUCUGGGUCACCUGGCCUACUUCAGUGAGCUCCUGGGGCUGAAGGACUACAUGGGGGUCAUGCACUUUAUCACUGUGGUAGAAAGCGUCUCUCCGGUGUCUGAUAAAUGGGUUCACGUGUCCGUGGAAAAAUUCGAUGGAGUAGAGGUAGUGGUUUAUCAGCCAAAGCAGCAGGGCGGCGACGGUGAGCUGAGGAGAGCUGUCAUAUACUUUCAUGGAGGAGGAUGGUGUGUCGGCGGCACAAGAAUGGCUCCUUAUGACUUUUUGGCCAGACAGGUUUCUAACGACCUGGGGGCAGUGGUGGUCUCGGUGGAAUACCGCCUGUCUCCUGCUCACCACUUCCCGACACCAUUUGAGGACGUGUACCGUGUGGUCAAACAUUUCCUCCAGCAGGGGGUGCUGGCCCAGUACUCUGUGGACCCCAAACGCGUUGCUGUGUCUGGGGACAGUGCUGGAGGGAACCUGGCAGCUGCCGUUACCCAGCAGUUGCAGAAAGAGCCUGGACAACAGAUUCACUUCAAGGUCCAGGCGCUCAUCUACCCUGUCCUUCAGGCUCUGGACCUGAACACUCCUUCCUACCAGCAGAACCAGAACGGGCCCAUUCUUCCUCGGACCCUCAUGGUGCGCUUCUGGAGCGAGUACUUCACCAGUGACAGGGCUUUUUUCAGGGCCAUGAUGACAAACACCCACAACAACCAGGAAUCAGCCCGUCUACUGAAGUUUGUCAACUGGUACGAUUUUCUACCAAAAAGCUACCAUGGGAACUACAGCUACAGUGCUCCCGCUGUGACACCAGGUGGCGCUGGAGAAGCUAAGGAGUUGGAUGCUUUGUCUAAAUCUUUGAUUGACCCCAGGGCGUCGCCCCUGCUGGUUCCAGACACAGAGUUGCAAUCCCUGCCCAAGGCCUACGUCAUGACAUGUGAGUACGACGUCCUCCGCGAUGACGGCAUCAUGUACGUCACACGGCUACGUGCCGCGGGGGUGGAGGUGACACAUGAACACUACGAAGAAGGAUUCCACGGAGCCAUGAUGUUCACCACGUGGCCCACUGACUUCCAGAUAGCACAUCGAAUUAUAGGCAACCUGGUGAAAUGGUUUGAGGAGAACUUGUAGAAAAAAAAAACUCUCUUUCAUUUCAGUUUGUCAGUGAGAACACAGAGGGUACUGUCCCAUCUAAUGACAACGAGCCAACUCCCUCCCUCAUCACUAAAGUUUGUUUUAUGUAAGGUUUUCUUUUAUAUAAGUCGGCUUUGUACAUUGAUUCUUCCCUCUGCAAUAAAUGAAACAUGAACAAA